AUGGCACACCCAGCCCACGCAACACCAAGCAUAGAAACCAGCCUCGCGCACUUCCGCACGAUCCCUUGGAUCGCCAAUCCACAUCUCUCAGACCCAACAUUCCACGUCGUCACCACGAACGCAUCAAGAACACUAGUACAGCCUGGCAACGGCCACACCCUGACCGGCGAGACAUGGAACACCGAGAAAACCAUCACACACCUCAUCACCACAUACCGGCCCGGACCACCUUCACCUUCAGGAUUACCACCACCAACAACAACAACCGAGGAAGCCGACGCUGAUGCUGGCCAAGCCGAGCUCCGUCGCUUCUACACCUUCGGGACGGGACUCAACGCGCAUCCGAAUCUGCUGCAUGGGGGUGUGAUAGCGACGAUCUUGGAUAGUGCGAUGGGAAACGCCAUCUGGCAGGCUAUCCAGCCGAGACCCAAGGGGCCGACUUUCACGGUCAAUCUGAACAUUACGUAUAAGAAGCCCGUGAGCACGCCGGGGAGUGUGAUGGUCAGGGCGACCGUGGUGAGGGUCGAGGGCCGGAAGAUCUGGGUUAGUGGGAGGGUCGAAGGGGAAGGGGGUGUGGUUCAUGCUAGUGCAGAGGGGAUGUGGUUGUCCGCGAAGUCCAAAAUAUGA